AUGGCGUCCGAAGUGCCCAAGCUUCUGUGGAAUGCUGAAAACAUCAAGGACGUAGCCGAGUCGGUCGGCAUCGGGGCGCUCAACGAGGAGGCCACCAAGGCGCUCGCGCAGGACGUCGAGUAUCGUGUCGGCCAGGUCAUCAUCGAGAGCCUGCGCCUGAUGCGCGCCGCGCGCCGCACGACGCUCACCGUCAACGACGUCUCCCUCGCCCUGCGCGUCCUCGACGCCGAGCCGCUUUACGGAUACGACUCGACAAGACCGUUGCGGUUCGGCGAGGCCAGCCUCGGGCCUGGCCAGCCGCUGUUCUACAUUGACGACGAGGAAGUCGAGUUUGAGAAGCUCAUCAACGCGCCACUGCCUAAGGUGCCACGCGACAUGAACUUUACAGCACAUUGGCUUGCCAUCGAAGGCGUCCAGCCUGCCAUCCCCCAGAACCCCACCACGGCCGAGUCGAGGUCGCAGGACCUGCUGCCCAAGGGCACAGGCGCAAACCCGGCGCUCUCGGCCCUGGCGGGCAACGAAAGCUCGCCGGCGAACCCAUCCGUCAAGCACAUUGUCAGCAAGGAGCUCAUUCUGUACUUUGACAAGAUCCAAGCCGCCAUCCUCGACGAGACGCCCGAUGAAGAAGUAGUUCGUCUCCGCCAAGCAGCCCUCGGCUCUGUCCGGGACGACCCUGGCUUGCAUCAGCUUGCGCCGUACUUUAUCAACUUUAUCAUGGACCGCGUGACGCACCAGCUCGACGACACCUUUACACUGAAGCAGAUGAUGGAACUGACGAAUGCUCUUAUUGAGAACAAGACGCUGUAUCUGGAUCCUUAUGCUUCCUCGCUUUCUGCCCCGGUGCUGACGUGCUUAAUGGCGCGGAAGCUGGGCAGUGACGAUGGUGUCGAUGCGAUGAAAGAGCAGUACGAGCUGAGGCAGCUGGCUGCGUCCCUCAUCGGUCGCAUGGCGCACAAGUACUCGGCCUCCAACUCGCUACUGCGUCCCAAGCUUACCCGUACUUGCUUGCGCUACUUUCUGGACCCCACGAAGCCUCCCGCGGUCCUGUACGGUGCUGUGAACGGAAUUCUUGAAGCUGGUGGCCCUGAGGCUGUCCGCCUCUUGGUUCUGCGUAAUCUCAAGAGCUUCGACUCGGGCAUUCUGCAGCCUCUCAAAGAAAAGUCGGAGGGCUCCAUCGAAUACGAGAUGCUCGUUCAAGGCUUGGUCCAGGCUGUUGCAUCUUUGGUCGCGCACAUCGACAGUUCUUUACUCAACGGUGCUGGCUCUGUUACACCUGCUGAGCUUAAUGAGCUGAAUGAGUUUAUCGGACCCAUUGUUGGCAAUAAAAUCGCGUCGUCAAACAACACUCGACUGGUCAAGACUGUCCUCGAGGCACGUUCUUUUGAGUAA